GUGCGUGACCUUGUGGCGCCCGCCUUCCGGUUCGGCGGAAGUAAAACACUCAGCUUGGGCUGCGCCGUCGUUGUGUUGUUUACGGAUGGAUUUAAACAGAAAAGACCGGUAAAAAAAAUAACAUCAACAGCGCCGCACAGGCCGGCUUGGGGACUCGGAGAGUCACCACAUUUUAUUGUAAAUCCAGCUAUUCCAGAUCCUAUUCAAUUGAGUGUGUUCACAAGUGAUGGACGGUGCACCAGACGUUGGAUGCUCUACUACUCCAGGAUCACCACAAGGAGUAAAACAGGAUGAAGGUGAAUCAGCCAAAGGCCACAAUACCUACAAUGGAGCGCAGAAAAAUGAAAAGCAAGGUGAAAAGACAACUGAGGAGCAGCGUGUGACUAAGAAGAGAGGCUGGCCAAAGGGCAAAAAACGUAAAAAAAACAUACCCAAUGGUCCCAAAGCUCCACUGACAGGCUAUAUGCGGUUUUUGAAUGAACGGCGUGAACAAUUGCGGGCGCAGCAACCAGAUUUACCUUUUCCAGAAAUCACCAAAACUUUGGGCAGUGAAUGGAGCAAACUUCCACCUGAAGAUAAACAGUGCUACCUUGAUGAAGCUGAGCGGGCAAAACAGCAAUACAUAAAAGAACUGCAGGAGUAUCAGAAAACUGAAGCUUAUAAAAUGAGCAGAAUUGCUGUCCAAGAAAAGAAAUUGAGGAAAGAUUCCACUCAUUCAUUGUCAAAUGGCAUGCAUGCUGAGAAGAACGACAAUGAUCAGCAAGGAAGAAUGUCCAUGUUUAAUAUUCCAAUAUUUACAGAAGAGUUUCUUGAUCAUAACAAAGCUCGAGAAGCAGAGUUGAGAAAAUUACGCAAAACUAAUAUUGAAUAUGAGGAGCAGAAUGCAGUCUUGCAGAAACACAUUGACAACAUGAGAAGUGCUAAAGAGAAACUGGAAGAGGAGCUGGCUGAAGAACAGAACCAGAAUGUAACUCUACACAAACAUCUCGAGAAUUUGCGACAAAUGUUAACCACUAGCUUCAGUAAUGUCUCUUUACCAGGAAGUGGAGAAAGCGUGACAUUAGAGACAGUUGAUUCCUUUAUGACUAAACUUCACAGUAUAAUAGAUGAAGACCCUCAAGAGAAUGAGAAACUUGUGAGAAAGGUGCAGGAGAUCGUAAGCAAUCUAGGCAACAGCGAUGGGCCUUAAAACAACAUGAUUUUAAUCAGAGAAGAUGGCUCUCAGAUGUCCAUGUUGGCUGCAGUCCCAGCUUCCUUUUUCUACUUAGAACCUAAUGAAGAGAUUGCUGCAGCCCUAUGAAGAAGGUGCAGCCAUUCUUUUGUAUUAGGGACUAAUUAUACAGAUCUACAAGCCUACACAUGCUUCAAGAUCAAAGCAAGGGGGUUUGAAUGGAGUAAUCAACUUUACACUAAAUGUUUUUAAGAAGAAAGCUAACAUUGUAUUAAAAGGAACAAGUAGGAUUAUUUGUUAAUGAUUUAGUGACUAGGCUACUGAAAGCAAUUUAUUGCUACAUUUACAACUUUUUUGUCAACUGUGGCAUCAUGCAGGUUGUGACCUCCAAGUUGAUUUUGUAGUUUUUACUAACUUUUUUAUAAUUAAUAUACAUUGUUCUUGCACAUUCUAUAGGUUUAGAAACUGCAUUAUAAAAUUACCUGUUACCAUAUGUUGAGUUACAUUUGUAUUAACAUUUUGGAGCUAAACCUGAAACUUUUAUUGGGGAAAGAAAAGAGAGUACUAGAUUUGCAAACAGCCAUUAGUUGUUUGAAAGGAGGAAUGUAGAUGAUGCCAUCUCCAGAUUAAUAUCGUCAUGUUUCUAACUAAUAACUAUAAGCUAAUGAUCUUGUAGACCACAUUAGGAGAAAAUUCUGGUGAAGCAAAAUCAAUGAUAAAUUCACUUCUUUUUAAAUAUAGAAUUUAUACCUGUUCGUUUUCUUUCAAGUUACAACUCUAAACAGAUUAAAUUAUUGUUGAGAAUAAAUUUUUCUUUAGUAAAAUAGAGUUAAUUGUUUUAUAAACUUUCUGGAUGUACAGUAAUAAUCAUUUGCAUGCAUGGGGUCUAUAUAGGAAGAUAUAUACUUUGGAUUAUUUUGCAAAGCGACGUCCAUAACACCACAAGGAAUGACAGUGAACCUAGAAUUGUCUUCCAACUUCACCAAAUUAUGAUGUGUUGCUGUCUUGAGAGCAAUUCUUUCAAAUAUUCUAUUAAAGUUAACUAUCUGUUUUCUAAAGCCAGCAGCACAAUUCACUGAUAAGUCCUAGACAGUAAGGCCCUUCAAAUAACACUGUUUUACCAUCUACUAUAUGUAGCACUAGUUAGAUAUUCUUCGAAUGAAUGACAGUGACAGGGUAGGUAAUGUUGCUUAAAAUGUAUUGAAUUCAAGUAAAGGGAGACCAAAACGCAAAUCAGCUCAUUGAGACAAUCUCAUAGUUGCAUCUGGCAGUUGCUUGUCUUCUCUGGUCGAAGAAGCUGAAUUUUCUGUAAAAUUGUACAUUGGCUUUGUCCCUCUCCCCAGUCUCUCUCCUCUCUACCUUCAUGUCCUUUUGGACCACCUCCUGUUUAUAAACUCUACCGCUGUGUUUGAAUCCCUCCCAUCGAGUUUCCACUGCUAUCAUAGUAUCAAAAUAGUUCUUAUGGAAGUGACACAUAACCUCUGAGUGACUGAGAAAAGCAAACUAUUUCUUUUUGACCAUCUGUGACGUUUCUCAAGGAGCUCUUAAUUGUUAUUGAGCUGAGUGGGAUUAGACUCCCAGGUUUCCGACUUGGUUAAUAAGUAGGAGACUGAGAAUCGCCUGUAAUAUCAUUGUUAUUCCUCACAUUCAGAUCAUUGUCUGAAAAUACAAGAUUGUGUUUCCCAUGGUAAUACUCACCUCUACUGCUGUUGACCUCCCCUUCCACCAUGUGUUAAUUGAACUACUUGUCAGACACCCAGUGCCCAAUGGGCAGAAAUUUCAUCUAGCUAGUUAUUGCAAAGCAUAAGCCAUUGUUUUCACUGCCUUUCACAAACUCCCAUUUCCUCGACACUGAUUCCAGCUGGCAGCUGUCUAAGGCUGAACCAGCUGUCAUAAACUGAUCCGGGGUUGACCUUCCAACUAUACAUUCAUGCCAUCACAUAGCCUAUCUUUUCCAUCUCUGUAACAUUGCAUGACUGCAGGCACCCAGUUCAGCUGUUGCAGAAACCCUGUUCCUUGCCUUUAUUACUUCUAGCUAAGAUUGACUAUUUUAAUAUACUGCUGGCAGGCUACCUAUGUGCGACCAUUAGUAAACUUGAGGUCAUCCAAAAGUCACUUGACCUUGUCCUUGUGCAAGGUUCUUUUCUACACUGGGUUUCAUUUAAGCAAUGCUUCAAUUUUUAAAAUUUUCAUUUAUGUGUCUGAACCUGUCUGAUUUUGCCUCUCCUUUAUCACUGUAGCCUUCUUCAGAGGUAUGUGUAUUCCUCAAUUGCAAUCUGUUAAUUACUGCACCACUGGCAACUGUGCCUUCAGCUGCCUGGGCUCCAGGCUUUGGAAUUCCCUCUGCAAACAUCACUUGUUUUAAAUACACUCCUUAAAACUACCUCUUUGACAGGAUUUCGAUCAUCUUCCCUAAUGUCUCCAUGUGUGGAUUGAUGUCAAAAUAUACUGUUAAAAUAUAAUGUUCCUGUGAAGUGCCUUGAGAUAGUUUAUUAAGUACCUUUUGUUAAUUACUGUUAGGUAGCUGAAAUUAGCAUUACAUAUACAACUGGGUUCAGGAAUGGUAGCUAAAGAUGCACAUGAGCAAUUUUCUGAGCCCAGCAGGGACAUCUCUAGGAUGGUUACUUUAUGAAUUAUGUUUUUGAUAACUGUGCAAUUAACCAGUACCGUUGUGAAUGUCUCACAGAAUCACGAUAGGGAGUCUGUAGCUGCUUGUUCAGAUAUGCUGAAGUACAAUUCCUUGGUGAACAACUGUCCGAAUUUUGACUAAGUGCAUGUCCUCUGUUAUUCAAAUGUGGGACUCCUAUCCAAGCUUAAUUCUGUUAUAUUUCUUCCUGACGUAUGUGCAUGUAUGCAUUGUAGCAAAACUCACUGAAUAGGUUCUGAAAACAGAACUCUGUAUUAGUUAUUGGCUAUCCACUUCCAGCUCAAAUAGUCAUGCCAGUUUUAAUUAUCCUGCUUUCUCAAUGAAAAUAAGCAAAGGCAAGCUAUCAGCUGUAUCAACUUGCUACUGCAGUGGUGGAUAAAAGUAGGAGUAGGAAGAAAGAAUGGGGAGGUAAACAGAAGUGCCUGCUGACUAUAUCAUUCUGUGAAGCUUUUCCUAAUUGUCCACAGAGCAAAGAUCUGGGGGCAAGCAACCCACCUUCAGCACCUCACUCCAGGGAUGGCCUUUGGAUAUUGUGAAUUACAGUUUUCAUUUUAGAGUUGAAGAAUCGUCUCAUUAAGGGAUGUUCUUAAAUGAUGUAUUAAUAUUUUAAUGAGAAUUACUAUUCUUUAUAAAAUAAAAUCCAGCACUGUAGUCAGACAUUUGUGAAGUUGUAUCACAAAUCCUCUAUUAUUAGUCUUUUUCCAAUCAACAAGUGACAGUAGGGUGAGCAGUUCAUUCGACAAAUGAUUCAGAUUUUUAAAAAAUUCUCAAACCAGGGUAACGUUUACUGUUGGAGGUGGACCCUUGGAUGUCCAAUGGCUUUUAUUAAUUUGUUUUAAAAUGCCACAUGAAGAGGAACAAGAGACAUCACUCUUGUAUUAAUGGGGAGGAUUAAAACUUUAGUGAAUUUCAUCAAGACUUCUUACAUGAUAAAGUAUACAGGAAAAUCUAAAGUAUCCUUCUAUUUUUCAUCCUGUGUUCUGGUGCAAUGUAUGAAUGAGGGUGCUGAUAUUUAAUUUGUGUUGAGCAGUAUGUUGUUUUAUGUAUUAAGAUUGUAGAGAAUAUUUGCGGUUUGGAUUCAUAUGUUUUGCCUGUUGCACGGUUUUGCCACUUCAAUUAUCUUUGGUGAUAUAAGAUGUUUAAAACAAAGUCAGAUCAAUUACAGCAGUGUGUCAGCCCAUUGCGUCUCUUGCUGCUUGCUUUGUCAUUUUCCUUUUCCUGUCCCUUUUUUUUAAUUUGCUUCGGUUUUAAAUUACAAUCCAAAUCUGCUAUGAGUGCUGAAGACUGCCUCAGCAGUCUCAUUUUCUAAAACAUUCAUGACUUAUAUUAAUGAUUCUACAUGUGGCACAAGUUAUAUUUUACUAUUAAUUGUCUCAAAAUUUUAAUUUUAAAAACCUGUAAUGGAUCCCUCCAGUUGUGUUUGUAGGAAGGGAAUGAGUGAAGAUGUCACAGUUUUCAGUCGUAACUAACAUCAUUCCCUACCCUUUGUAUCAUGUUCUUCUAUCAAUGAGAUGCAUAUAGCUCUGUGCCAGGUAAUCUAAUUGAUGCUUCAUCAUUUGCAAGCUUUUACAUUAAAUACCCCGUGACUUGCUUCAAACUGGCAAUCUCAUUAUUCUGUUCAACAUUUUUCAUUUCUACUAACAAUCUAUGUAUUGCUACUUUUGAAUCAUUCUGUGAGGUGUCAUGUGAUAACUUUUCCUCUUUACCUCUUGGAUGUAAAGCGGUUUAAUUGAACUGUUUGGCAUUUGGACCACAUUUCAAUUUUGAUCACAGUAGGACUAGUGAGCAUAUUUCAGUAAGAUGAGGCUUAUCUUAAUUGUAACGGUCAAUUUCAGGAAAAAAAAUUCAAAGCAAUAAAGUGCCAAACUGCAGAGCUAACUCAAUUUUUUUUUGCCUUUUUGGCUAAAAAGCAGACGAAAGGGUGAAAAAGCCUAGACUUCAAUUCCUGAUCACCCCCAGGAAGGGGAUUGGGAAGCAAGACUGAGUGUAACUAGCACUGACCUUGGUUUGUGUUUGGCAUGGCACAUUCUGUGUCAGCCACUGCAGAAUUCACGUCAAAGUGGAGAUCAGAAGUGGGUUGCUUUUCUGCCUCAGGUUUUCUUCCUGUCACUGAGCCAUCCAUUCACACUUGCUCAUUCACUCACAUUCAUCACCUUGGAUAAUGGUUCUAGUAAUUGUAACUGGUAAUCCAAAUCCAAGGCUAAUGUUAUGGAAACAUGGAUUCAAAUACUCCCACAGCAGAUGGCAAAGGUAAAUCUAAGACUAAAGCUGGCCAAAUGAUAUUUGUGUAACCAUUGUGGUAAAAACCCAUCAAGUUCACUGAUGUCCUUUGAUAAUGUCAGCCUUUGUUCCUACCUGGUCUGACCUCAAUGCGAGUCCAAACCCAAUUAAAUAUAGUUAAUUCUUAAUUUUCCUCUGAAUUGGUCUAGAGAGUCAUUCAUUUUAAGGGUAACUAGAAAUAUGCAACAAACUCCACUCUUAUCAAUGAUGCCCAUUUCCCACACAAGAAUAAAGAACCCACCCGUUCUCAACUCCCCCAAAGCCAUUGAUCCAUCCUGUCAUCACCAUUCACUCAGUCACCCUGCUGCACCCACUCACCAGUGGUGUCACAAUGUUGCCUGUAUGACAUUUUUGUCCAUUGUAAAUGAAACAUCAGAUGUAUCCUUCUGCAGGUUUUUGAUCCAUCCCACAUUAUUUUUCACUCUGUUUUGCCCAUCUAAACAUUCCUGUUGAUUUGCUGGAAAGGAACACACUUCCUGUUAGAGUAGACACUUUUUCUUGAUGCUAUAUCCCAAAACGUAUGACUUCACGUUUUUUUUCCAUAUUAAACUGCAGCUGCUAUCUGUCUGCCCAAUUUGCUAUCACUCUCUUUCUGCGGUGUCUUGGCGCUGUAGUGACAGUUUAUCUUGUCCCUAAUUUGGCAUGUUGACAGACCUCUCAUUCUUGUGCCUAUUUCUGGAUCCUUUAGAUGCAUGCAGCUUCAGUUCUUAGGUGAAAAGAGGGAUAGUUUGAACAUAUUGGUGAAAUCCUUUAGAUGUACCUAGAUGACAUAAUGGAAACAGAAUGCAAAGAGACUGAUUUUAUUAUGUUACUUUUCACCAUAUAUAAACACUGCGGUAAAUGCUGUAGUGCAUACAUGAUCAGUAAAAGAUGUGGCUACAUAGCAAGUAACGUUUAAUUGUGACAGCAGUGUAAUCUUUGGGAUCAGUUGUAUGAUUACAAAGAUUCUUUUUGUUUUUUUGGUUAAGUAAGAACACCAUUCAGCCUUGUGAUUGAUGUACUGUUCAAGGAAUGUAGUGUGUUUGAUUAAUUCCAGUUAAGUGAAUCUUUUACUUCAUUAAGUUUACUGGUGUUUAUAUUAACAAGCUGUUUUAUCAGCUAUAUUUGUUGAAUAAUUUUCUAAUGUAGUUCAGUAUGUUGGUAAAAUGUAGCAGUUGGUUGUACAACAUGCAAUAAACAUCUGAUACAGA